CAACGUGUUUUAGAUCAGUGAGAACUGAGAAGACUCUUGCUUGCCGGCUUUUAGGGUUUAUUACGAGCGUUUUAGGGUUUUUCUGAGUACGGAUACGGCCACAGAUUCUUCAUCAAUCGAAGUUCUGUAAUCAUAUGAUCUACUUACUAGCAAAUAGGAAUGUCUGGCAUUGAUAAAGAACCAAUCGACUCUGUUUCUGUAUGUGAUCCUGCUUAUGAAGGCAAAAGCUCUAUCUUGGAUCAGAGUGUUCAAGAAACAGAUUUGCAAAACGCAUUGGACUAUGCUAGAAGUGUUUACAAAUCUUCUCUCUACCUUCCCCUUGCUAGGGUACGGGAAGCACGUGAUAAGGCAUUUGAGUAUUUUAGAUAUACACCAAGAGCCGGUGCCAUAAGGGAAAAAGUUAAACAAAAUAUUCGUGAUGCUUUGCAGGCGACAUUUAAGGAUGCAUUAAAAGAAGCACAUGAGGAGGCUUUCUUGAAGGCACUGGUGGCAUUUGAUUUUGCAACAAGGGUUGUAGGUUCUGGUGCACAAGAAUACAAAAGGUGUCUUGAGGAGUUUAUGACAAAUGAAUAUGAGGCUUUUGAGGAUUCACAGUGCAAAAGGGCAAUGGAACAUGCUGCUGAAGUUUUCAAUUCUGUUCUUAACACUCAGUCACAUAUGAUGAUGGGCAUUGUUAAAGAGCCAAUUGGCUCCAUUUCAGUACGUCGUUCUGCUCGCAAAGGCAAUAAUCAGUUUUUAGUAGAAAAUGCAUUGGACCAUGCUAAAGACGUUUACAAGUCUUCUUUCAAACCUCCAGUGGCUGUGUUAGCAGAAGCCGGUAAUAAGGCAGUAGCUGCUUUUAGGGGUGUUGCUGAAUAUAAGGAUGCAAUAGAAAAAACACAUGAGGAGGCUGCUUCAAGCGCAUUGCUAGCUUUUGAAUCUACAGCAGGGGCUGUAGGUUCUGUUAAGGAAAAAUACAAAAGGCUUCUUGAGGAUUUCAUGAGAAACGAAUAUGAGGGUUUUGAAGAAUCAGAGAACAGAAGGAUCCUAGCACAUGUUCUUGAACUUCUCAAACAACCCCUGGAUAUUCAACAUGAGUAGCACAUGUUCAAAAGGCAAUAGGGCAGGUUGUUCUGGUAUGUAUAAAAAUUAGGGCAAAAUAUUGUAGUUGUUGCUUUUGAAAAUGUCAUCUUUGACUGGUGGCUUCCAUCUGCCAAAAUUGUGGUUCUUUCC